AGCGGUAUCACCACGACAGAAAAGAAAAACACUGCCAAGCACUGAAACUUCGGUUUUUGCAUGGGUAAGAAUCAAGAUUUGUAACAGUGACAAUCCCAAAUCUGCCUUAAGAACUGCCACCACGUUGACCAAGGAGACACCACACCCACAAUUCCCACACCAACACAAGCCACGAUUUCUACUUAUCCUCCUUAAGCUCCUCACAAACUGCCACUUGUACACUCUCCUUGCCUCGUACCUAUUUACCAGAUCGAAUAUCCUCUCCUCUUAAAUUUCACUCCUCUGAUUCACCUCUCCAUUUCUUUUCCUCUCUCUCGAUACUGUACACAAUUGCAAAUUAGCCAAAACUAGAACAAAAUGUCAGGUGGUGUCGGACCAACAUGUAAUGACAUAAGCCUUCCAAACGAAAAAGAACAAGAACAGGAGCUCCAAGAAGAACUUACUUCCUUGAAAAACCCUAAAAACACUACCACUUCAAAGAAAGCUGGUUUCUUGAGCUUUCGUCAGCUAAAUGUUCUUGCUGUUAUGACUGUCUUUGCUGCGAGUGGGAUGGUAAGCCCUGAAGACUUUGCUUUUGUUGUCUUCUCCAUCAUUUACAUGUACUUUUUCUCCAAAGUUGCAUUCCCUACCACCAACCCUCCUAGAGACUCUGUAGUUUUCGAUCCGAAAAACAAGAUUCUUCGCCUAUACGUGUUUGUGGGUGCUAUUAUUGGACUCUUUCUCCCCAUAGCAUACAUCUUUGAAGGCAUUUUCGAGGGAGAUAAAGAAGGGAUCAAGGCAUCAGCGCCGCAUGUUUUUCUCCUAGCAGCUCAGGUUUUCAUGGAAGGAGUGGCAUUUUCUGACAGGUUUUCGAUCCCAAUUCGUGUUUUCGUGCCUGUAUUUUAUAAUUCGAGGAGGAUUUUCACACUUGUGGAUUGGUUGAGGGAUGAGAUCUCAAAGGCGGAACAGGAUUAUGGAGGAUCUACUUGGAGGCUCCAUAUUGGUAGAGCUCUUGCUGUGGCUAACCUGGCCUUUUGGUGCUUCAAUCUUUUCGGCUUCUUGUUGCCUGUUUAUAUCCCUAGAGCCUUCAAGAAGUACUACUCUGGAUUCAAGGUCAAGGAUUAAAUCUGCCAUGGUUGUUGUUUCAUAAGUCAUUAGUAUGGAGUAGAAAAAUAAAAAUAUCUUAGUUUCUACAGGUUCAUAUGCUGUAAUUGUUUGCAAGUGCUCCUGUAUUUUUUACUUUUGGUGUGCUAAAUACUGGUCUAAUCCUAGACUGAUUACUUUAUGGAAAAUAAAAUCUAAAUGACUUUUGAUUUAA